UGAUUCAAUAGAAAAAUAACAUAGCUGAAAUAGUUGAGAAAAAAAUCCAAAAAAUUUAUAAGAUAAAAAAAAGUUCAACUUAUCACAAGGUAAAACAAAGUGGCGAAAUGAUUCCGCCACUCCUGCGGACGUUAGCAACAGGCUCCAUUGUUCUUCUUGGUGGAGCUGUCUCUAUCUCUGCACUCACCACUUCAGUCCUUCGCCAUAAAGCCUUAAUCAAUAAGGCAAAGUUUGGGAAGCUUUGUUUGUAUUGUAGAGGUAUAGGAUUUUAUAAAUGUAAGCUUUGCAACGCAAAUGGUACAAUAAAAUGGUCACCCCUUUAUGAUCCUCUAUUUAUAAAUCCAUGUGUUUGUCCUACUUGUGAGGGAAACAAGAUUCAGCGAUGUCUCAAUUGUUUGGGAGAUGGAAGGGUUUAAUUGAAGACUGAAAUGCACUCUACCUGUUCGAUAAAAGUACAAUGCCAACAUUUGGAAUUCAGAGGUGUUUUUUCCCGUGAGAAGUUGUGGGGAGGUCAACCAACGAAUAGUUCACAAUUCAAAGGUGUAAUUCUUGAGCAAACAUUUUUAUUAAGGAUGAUGUUUAGUUUUAAAAAGGACUCAUUUUGGAUUUUGAUAUAACUUCACAACACAGUA